CUGCGCCGUGAGCGAGGAAAGUUGUCCAUGCCACAUUUCUUUUGGAAGUUCCUUUUUAUUAUUUUUACAAAUCAGGGUUUUUUUUGUAUGUACUUGGGGUUCUUACGCAUGGAGGAGAGGUUUGGUUACGCACAAGGAAUGUUUCUGCGGUAGUUUUUUUUUUCUUCUUUUCGGAUCUUAGCAGUUCGUAAUUGCUCUCUGAUGCCCAUGGAACAAGACAGGGUUUUCUGUGCCCGUUUGUUUUUGUGUACAGCGUGCGUACAUCCCAGCAUCCCAGGGAAUGCAGAGAUCAAUGUAGGCUACAUGUAACCAAGUUUUAACCUUUCGGAGGGUCUUCCCACAGAGUCUCAAGACAAAGAAAAGCAGCUGUAAAUGGAUCGCCAUUUCAGCCUUGUUUCUCUCUGGUUUCAGCUGGAACUUUGUGCGAUGGCUGUUCUGCUCACGAAAGGAGAGAUCAGGUGUUACUGCGAUGCGCCGCACUGCGUUGCCACUGGAUACAUGUGUAAAUCGGAGCUUAACGCGUGCUUCACCAAGGUCCUGGACCCGCUUAACAUGAACUCACCUCUUACACAUGGCUGCUUAGAUCCGCUUUUAAACUCUGCGGACGUGUGCGCCAGCAAAAUCAUGGAUGUUUCUGGUGGAAGCUCUUCUCCUAUAGAGUGUUGUCAUGAUGAUAUGUGUAACUACAGAGGUCUGCAUGACCUCACGCACCCUCGAGGUGACUCCACAGACCGAUACCACAGCUCCAACCAGAAACUGAUCACAAGGGUACAAGAGUUAGCCUCAGCUAAAGAGGUGUGGUUCCGAGCGGCAGUCAUAGCUGUUCCCAUUGCGGGUGGCCUUAUCCUGGUCCUGCUGAUUAUGCUAGCAUUGCGGAUGCUCCGUAGUGAAAACAAGCGGCUGCAGGCCCAGCGCCAACAGAUGCUGUCUCGCCUGCAUUACAGUUUCCAUGGACACCACCAUGCCAAGAAAGGCCAUGUGGCCAAGCUGGACCUGGAGUGCAUGGUGCCGGUAACGGGACAUGAGAACUGCUGUCUGGGCUGCGAUAAGCUGCGGCAGACAGAACUUUGUGCAGGAGGAGGGAGUGGAGGUGAACGCCUCCUAUCUCUGGUGCACUGGGGGAUGUACACGGGACACGGCAAGCUGGAGUUUGUAUGACUACUUGGUGCUUUCUUAUCUGGACAAGAACUUACUCGCUCACAGUAGGAAGAGUGUAGAGUUUGCUGUUGUAAUUUUAUUAUUGUCCUUUCCACUUGUUAUUUUAUUGUCUCCAUUUCUUGACGUGGAGCGUGAAGAAAUUUCAUGGACGCAAUUGUUUGUGUUUUCUCAAAAGAGCACUUUACUUGAAUUUGAAUGGCUGGUCUAUGUGGGGCGGAGCUAAAUUUGAAAGGGUGGGGCAAAGGACUUUAAACCCCAGCCUUUUCCCCACUGAGCCAUGUCCUGUGGAUCCUGGACUAACACUGAAGAUUAAAGGAUUCGUAAAAAGACGGUCUUAUUUUGCACAUUUGUAUAAAAUUGACGAGAUGUUGAUGAGGGGGUAUGAAUGGUCUUAGAGUUGCAUUCAAAGCGGCCUUUUUUUUCUUUGAAGAAUUUUACACUGACAUCAGGGUAAAAAUAUGGACUGUUUGUUUAAGUCAAAUUGUAUGAAUAAAGGAUCCAAUCUUGACUGUAACAGAUCACAUGCCUCUGC